CAUCAACUGACCAACCGACCACCUUUCGUCGUUGCGCUGCCAAUUCCAUUGCCUGUAUGCCAUGAUCUGUAAGGGUCUGCCAUAAAAAACCAAGACUUGGAAGGGCAAAGGCACAAUGGCAGAACCAGAGUCAACAGUGUUGCCAAUUCAGGAGGGGGGCUUCAUGUUUGCUUGGGAGCUCGGUGAAGUGUAAGUCAAUUGCCCCACAAGUACAAAGCACUGAGAUUAAUACUUCAAUUCUAUAGCAAGUAUCUUCUCUGGAGCGCUGCGAUCUUUGCGACAGCUCUGGUGUCCCUCAUUAUCUAUUUAAUUGUGCUGGUUAUGGAAUGGCUCUAUAAGGACCCAGUCGUAAAGUAUACAAUCGUUUCGCCAACCAACCCCGAGGACUCGCAGAUUCUGGAGAACCCUUCAAUCAAAGCUUCUGGCUCAAGUGCAAUCCAAUGCUAUGCGCCAGCAACGGGUGCGUUCCUGGGAUUCGUCAACCCCUCCACCCCCGAAGGCAUCGAUCGAGCGGUUGAGAAGGCACAAGCUGCGCAGAAGAAAUGGGCAAAGACUACAUGGGGACAGAGACGCCAGGUUUUACGAAGCAUACAGGAUUUCAUUAUGGAGAACCAGGAAGAGAUUUGCAGAAUUGCUUGUCUGGAUUCGGGAAAGACUAUGAUUGAUGCUACGUUGGGAGAAAUCCUGGUUACGGUGGAAAAAUUACGCUGGACGAUUCUGCAUGGAGAGAAGGCAUUGAAACCUUCUAGAAGACCUACGAAUCUCUUGAUGGCAUACAAGAAAAAUACCGUUACGUACGAGCCGCUGGGUGUUGUUGCAGCGUUAGUAUCGUGGAACUAUCCUCUCCAUAAUCUGAUAGGGCCUAUGAUUUCUGCCAUCUUUUCUGGAAACGGGAUCGUCGUUAAAGCUUCUGAAAAUACCGCGUGGAGCGCCAAUUAUUUCACAUUGAUCGUAAAGGGUGCGCUUCACGUCUGCGGGCAUGAUCCUCAUCUCGUCCAAACCGUCGUUACCUGGCCUCAAACUGCAAAUCAUCUAACUUCUCAUCCCGGAAUUUCGCAUGUAACCUUCAUUGGAAGUCGGCCUGUUGCUAAGUUAGUAGCUGCAUCCGCGGCCAAGUCGCUCACUCCAGUUGUUGCUGAAUUGGGAGGAAAGGAUGCCGCAAUAAUCCUUGACUCCGCUGUAAAGGACCUCCCACGCAUAAUCGAGAUCCUCCUUCGUGGAAGCUUUCAGGCAGCUGGGCAAAAUUGUAUUGGCAUUGAACGAAUUAUUGCUUGCCCGAAGGUUUACGACAAACUCGUUCUCGCUUUGGAACCAAGAGUUCGCUCUUUACGAGUUGGAUCUAUUCUAGAUGCCGAAAAGGAUAAGCAUAUUGAUAUGGGUGCUAUGAUUUCAGAUGCAUCAUUCGAUAGACUGGAGAAGCUUAUACAAUCCGCUGUCAAGGAUGGAGCCAGACUUCUAGUUGGUGGAAAGAGAUAUCAACACCCUGUCCAUCGCUCGGGCCACUACUUCCAGCCUACUCUUCUUGUUGAUGUUACGAGAGAUAUGGCUAUCGCCAACGAGGAGUGCUUUGGUCCAAUCUGUGUUCUCAUGCGUGCAAAGAAGGCAGAGGAAGCUUGCGAGAUUGCCAAUGCACCCAAUUUUGGUCUAGGAGCAUCUGUCUUUGGGGAAUAUACAUACGAGAUACCUGGUCUACUCAAGAACUUGAAGACAGGAAUGGUGGCUGUGAAUGAUUUUGCUGCUUACUACGCCGUACAACUACCAUUUGGUGGUGUUGCUGGCAGUGGGUACGGUCGAUUUGCAGGAGAAGAGGGCUUGCGUGGGUUGUGCAAUAUCAAAGCCAUCUGUGAAGACAGAUUGGGGUGGGCUGGUAUCAAAACAGCCAUUCCUGCACAAAUCAGAUACCCAAUUCCUGAUACGAUCAAGGGAUUUGGUUUCGUCAGGGCAAUCGUGGAAAUUGGUUACGGUAUGGGCAUCGGAGGACGCAUACGGGGUGUGAAGAAUAUCCUCAAGAAUAUGUAGGGGUUAGGAGACCAGGCUAUGGAUACUUGGAAGAGGUGUG